GUUUUUCACCUCAUUCUCUCUCGCUCUCGCUCCCAAGGGCUCUCUGGUCGGCUCCUCUCUCUUUCUCUGCGUCUCCGCGGCUGCGCGAGAAAAAGAAAAUCCCUUUUUCGUCUCGAAUUCCCGCGUUGGAAUCCUCAUUUCUUCUUCUCCUCAAUCGCUUCUCCGUAGAUGAUUCGAAGAAAAUCCCCUCAGGAAAUCGCCGAUCUGCCAUUCUCAGCCAGUUGGAGCUUCCGCUUCUGAAGAAGCAUUCUCUCUCCGUCUUCCUCCCAAGGCCCUUGCAUUCGGUUCUAGGGUUUCAGAUUCGACUCGAGAUCCAGCUCAGCAAAUCUGGCCAUGGACUACGAUCCGUCUGACAGCAGCGGAACCGAUGAUGAUCUUCCUCCAUCACAUCAGAAUAGAGUUGCAAGAGGAAGCCGCAUCACUGGGAAUGGAAGAACUGCUAUUACGGGUGCUCUUCCCUAUCCUAGGAUACACAAUGAUAUGGAAACCCAGAUCCACCAACUCGAGCAAGAAGCAUACAGUUCAGUUCUGCGGGCCUUCAAGGCACAAUCUGAUGCCAUUACCUGGGAGAAGGAAAGUUUGAUAACCGAACUAAGAAAGGAGCUGAGAGUAUCUGAUGAGGAACACCGAGAGCUUCUCAGCAGGGUUAAUGCAGAUGACAUCAUCCGAAGGAUAAGGGAAUGGAGACAAGCAGGUGGGGUCCAACCUGGCUUACUUAGUACUGCUCAAGCUGUUCAUGAUGCAGUACCCAGUCCUACUGUGUCAGCAUCUCGUAAGAAACAAAAGACAUCACAGUCAAUGCAUUCCAUGUCCUUAGGCGCACCAUCCCCCGCUUUGCACCAGCAAACAAUUGCUACUUCCAUGCAGCCGUCACCAUCAGUUGGGAAAAGAGGAGCUGCAGUUGGAGCCAGCGGCAAGAAGCCUAAAUCGGGUCAAACAUUGCCUGGUGCAUCCUCAAUGAAGUCAUUACCGUACCCUUCUUCUGGUCCAACUGGAAGGAGCCAAGUUGCAAAUCGGGGUUCUUCGGGUCCUAUUGUGACAAGUGAGCCUGCCGAAGCAGCAACUUUUGAUCCAUUAAUUGGGCGGAAAGUGUUGUCAAGGUGGCCUGAAGAUAACAACUUCUAUGAAGCUGUUAUAACUGACUACAAUGCUACGGAAGACCGUCAUGCUUUGGUUUAUGAUAUGAAUACAACAUAUGAGACAUGGGAAUGGGUCAAUCUCAAAGAGAUUCCUCCCGAAGACAUCCGAUGGGAAGGCGAGGAUCCAGGUAUCCUUCGUCGAACAGGCCGUGGUGGACCAGGGCGUGGGAAUAAAAAGUCCACGGGCCGGGCCAAUGCUGUUCCAGGCGCAGGGAGAGGGAGGGGGGGCACAAAGAACCAGAUUAAGAAAGAUUUCCUGCCAUCUCAGAAUGGCAUUGGAAAGAAGGGCUUAGAUGAUAUCGAGAUACUUCACACAGAUACUUUAAUUAAAGAGGUGGAAAGGGUUUUUGGUGCUAGUCAUCCUGAUCCUCUCGAGAUGGAAAAGGCAAAGAAAGUGCUGAAAGAGCAUGAGCAAGCACUGAUUGAUGCAAUUGCUAGGCUUGCAGAUGCAUCUGAUGGUGAAAGCGAAGAGUUCUCACACGGGCGGUCCAUGGACCGGGGGUGGAGGAAUCGGCAGUACGGCGACAACAUGGCCGGAGUAGGUAGAGGAGAUGGCUCUGAUGGUGAUCAAAUUGCUGGGGAGGGCAGAGUCGCUUCCGAUGACCAGCAAGACGGUGAUGAUGGUGAUGAUGACAUCUGAUUUAUGGUACUUGCAUCCAUCGUUCAUUGAUCCACCGGAAAAAUCAUGCCUGUAAAAUGCCAUGCCCUAAUUUAUAUCAUGAAACACAUGAAAAAAUAACAGCUUCCUUGAAAGGUGGAGAGAAUGUUUCGGAUGGGCCAGUUGAUGUUGUCCAUCCUUAUCCAUCCAGUAAAAUUCACUGGGAAAAGCUUGGGAUGCCUCUGUAAAAUUAUUGAGCAGUGAAUAACCUGUAACCAUGUAAAGAGUCUUGAAAAUGGCUACCCUUUUUUGGUGUUGCAGGUCCCCAUCCGUUGAGUAAAUGAUAUGAGUUCCCGCGGUACUAUUUUUAUUUGUA